GCCCUUUGUCCCUCCCUCCCCUGGAUUCUCACAACCUUUUUCUUCUUCUUUUUUUCCCUGUUUGGAACACCUCGCCGUCGGACUCUCAUUUUCCUGCGGUUUAUGAUCUCCUCCAAUCUCCUGUUCACUGCGUCAAUAGCGCCAUCCCCAUUCAUUCAAUCACGCAAUGGUCCUGUCCAACCCGGAGAAGACUAUCCGCAAAAUUGACAUUGCUCAGGUGUCCCUCAACCUCCAAGAUCGCCUGGGCCUUGCCAAGGUCAAGUACCAGAAUGGACGUCUUCCGGUUCGAGAAUCCCGCCAGGGUGGUGGAUUACAGUUCUUAGGAAGUGACAAGCCUUCGGAUUCCUCUUCGGACAUCUCCCACAGUCGUUGCGAAACCCCUUUAACUUCACCUCCCUUACGAACGGCUUCCUAUUCCAAGGAGCUCCCUCGGUCAUCCCGGAACAAGCAUGCUGCAACAUUCAACUCGCGGAUGAUGCAGCCCAUGCUGUCAGCUAGUCGAAAACGUCUUCGUUCGGAUUCGAUUACAGACCGCCCAGUGAAAGCGACCCGUGUGUCCUGGAAAAGCUCCUAUCAACUACCAGAGUCCUCCCCCGGGUUUCGUCGCCAACACCACCCCGGUCGUCACCACCUACCCCUGGCCGAAACGGCUCCAAUCCCUGAGUUUUCGUCCCCCGGAUACCAUGUCCACUCGGAGGAUGACAAUGACCCGGACCUGCCUGUGCAUAGUUUUCGGAAUGCGAGUUCCGUCGUGGGCUCCUCGCCCCCUCGCACUCCCCCACCGAAGCAUUCGUCUCUCUCACGGAACGACCGCACUCUUCGUCACGAGGAUGGGGCAGACCUCCUUCUCUAUCUUGCCAAUUCUCCAACACCCGCCAGCAUUGCAAAACCCCAACCCCGAGCCUUCCCUCCUUCCACUCCCCCAAGCCAACAUGCGGUUCCGGGAGGGGGGGGCGUGUUCCCCAACUUCGGCACUCCAAAUCAGCAGUUCAACUUUGCUGAUUUUGUGAACGUCACUCCCAGCCCAGCCCAGCCAGUCUGGGGUGGUCGAACACCAGGAGGGAUAGCUCGGACCCCUCUGGCAACCAAGGAUGGCAGAAAGCGGUCGAAUUUCGAUAACCUCCUGCCCCCUGGAGUUGAGAGCCCGAAGAACCGCGCAAAGGGGCCUGGUCUUGUACUGCAACUGGGUGGAGAAUUACGACCAUAGACCUCCUUUUUUUUUCCCUACCAUUUUUCUUUCCUUGCCCCUUUCAUUAUUGUGGGACUCCUAUUAUGACCAUUGACGACUGAUAUGUACACACCACGGGAUAAAUCCCACUGUUAUGCCCCAAUUAUUGUAUCUAAUUCAUCUUGCCACAAUUCCCAUUUCCCUUUCCCUUUCCCUUUUUCCCCUGUGGUUUAUCGCACCCUUGUACAGGACCAGCUAUGUUAACUAAUACCUAUAGGGCCUACCAUGCUGUCUAUACAUACAUACCCAUUUUCCCCAUGUUACGUUAUGGCAUUUUUUUUUUUUAAUUUUGGAGAGUAUCUGCAUACUUCAAUCCCCCACUAGCAUCC